GCCUGAAAUACUCAACUGCUAUUGGAAGUAAUGUUCGUGACAUGAUACAUGGAAUCACAGUUCACGUACGAGAUGGCGGAUCGCAGCUCCUAUCACUCCAAAAGUACUGCAUCCCAUUCUUCUGCUUCUAAGAGAGCUAAGUCUUCAGAUCACAGUAAAGCAAUGGGGCCUCAGCCUGGGCCUUCCACCAGAUCCAAGGCCUCUUCUUCCACAGCUGUUGAUAAGGAUGCAGAAAGAAGGCAAAAAGCCUUAGAGAAACAAUUUGCAAAGGCAAAAAAAGCAGGCAGAAGCCUCCUCAGGCCUAGGCCUUGUCAUUGUUCUAAUAUCUAAUAUUAUUGGAGCCUAAUAUCCCUCCAAUUCAGGAUACACCUCCUUCUGCUUCAAACGAAGAUAGAUUGAAUUGGUCUCCAGAUAUUACCACAGAUCCUCCAACUGAAUUAAUUGAGAGUGCUGAGGAGGUUAUUCCCAUAUCAGAACAGGGCUCAUCUGAUCAGGGAGUCAUUCCAGUACCUAGGAGGUCAGCUCCCUCAGCUACUUUCACCCCUACAGCGGCGGGGCUCCGCCCUGAGGUAAACCAGGCCCCUGUUCUUUCUCAGGAACUCUGCCAGAUGUUAGCUCAGACCAUUGCCCAGGGCAUAGACUCUGCCCUGCUUAGGAGGGGCAUUCCUGCUCCCGCCUCAGCUGGUACCACUCCCAAUGUACACCAGGCCCACCAGGAUAGGGUUUAUUCCCGGGCCCUCCACUCACCCCAUGAUUCUCAGGGCAGUGAAUGGUCUUAUACUGGGGAGGAGGAAGAAUUCGCAGAUCAUGAUCUUUCUGAAGAUGAAGGCUGAUCUCCAGACAAACCAGCCUUCAUUGGCCUUUUCAACCCUAGCAUGUUCAAGACCUUGUUAUACAAGGCCAAAACCACUGCCAAUCUAGGGGUUGUGGCUGGGGCAUCUGACCGUUCGGCGGAGCAGGAUCCCCAUGCUUGAUUAUUUACAGAACCGGUCACUACCCAGGACGCUGUUCCUUCUCCCAGAUUAUUCAUAGACAUUAUCAAGAAGCAAUGGCUUCAACCUGGAUCCUUGUCUAAUCCCAGCGGAUUAGACAAAAAGAUGUACACUGUAGAACAGGAGGUAGAGGACAUGCUUAAGUUGCCUACAAUAGAUACUCCCUUUGCCAAUCUAGCAUCUUCCAAUAUUCUCCCCUCAAACUCUGCAGAAGGGCUGAAGACCGAGGAUAGGAAAGCUGAGAUGUCAGUUUGUAAGACACAUCAAGCAGCUGCCUGGGCGAUCAGAUCAACCACGGCAGCUUCCUUCUUUAAUAGAACCUCCCUCUUGUGGCUGCGUCAAAUGCAGGCAAGGGCUCCCCCGGAGAUGUCAGAUUACACCAGGACAUCAACAAAUUAAUUGCUGCAGCAGAAUACUCUGCUGAUGCAACCCUUAAUUCAGCUAAGUUCGCUUCCAGGGCCCUGGCAUCUAACGUGACUUCCAGGCGAUUAUUAUGGCUUCGCCAUUGGCAAGCCGAUAUGAAAUCCAAAUGGAAAUUGGUGUCUGCUCCUUUUCAGGGCAAUAAUCUUUUUGGUGAGGUUUUAGAUCCCAUUUUGGUAGAGACCAAGGAUAAAAGGAAGGUACUUCCCCUGUCUCACAGGAGGACAGACAGGAGAUACUCUCCAUAUUAUCGCAGGCAGUCCUUUCAUGGGGCGGAGGGCGGUUACUCCGCCCCAACCUAUCAGGGGACUUACCCCCCCAACUUCAGACCGAUCCCAGGAUAGGGCUCAGUUCAGGGACAGGUCUAGACAAUCCCAGUCUAGGAGACCCUUUCGAUUGGCCGGCGGUAGACCUUACCGCAGGUCCAAAUGACUCCCAGUCACACAUUCCCAUUGGAGGCCGCCUCAUGAGGUUCUCAGCCCAAUAGGAGCUCAUCACAACCGACGCCUGGGCUCUGCAAACAGUCCGGCUCGGUCUCACAUUGGAGUUUUCAUCCCUCCCUCCAAUGAGAUUCAUCUCUUGCACUCUUCCCAGAGAUGCCACCAAAAGGUCUCUGAUGGAAGCCGAGAUCCUUCAUCUACUUUCCAUCCAGGCAAUAGAACCGGUGCCUGUCUCGCAGAAGGGUCUCGGUUUCUAUUCGAUCCUCUUUCUGGUUCCCAAGAAAUCGGGGGGUUGCAGGGGAAUACUAGAUCUAAAAAGACUCAACAAACACAUCAAAUACCUCUAUUCUAAAUUGCAUCAGACAGGGGGAUCUGCUUACAUCCAUAGAUCUAAAGGAAGCCUACCUGCACAUACCAAUUCGGAUUUCACACAGGAAAUAUCUCAGAUUCUGUUACGCAGGGCAACACUUCCAAUACAGGGCCCUUCCAUUCGGCCUGUCCUCUGCCCCCAGGACGUUCACAAAGCUCCUGGACGUGGUGGUAGCCCAUCUGCGGGCUCGCCCAAUCAGGCUUCAAUGUUACCUAGACGAUAUUUUGAUUCAAUCCUCAUCCAUCAGGCAGGCGAGACAGGAUUUGUCAGAGACUAUUCAGGCUCUGCAACUUCACGGGUUUUCAGUAAAUCUAGAAAAGAGCCAGUUAAUUCCAUCCCAUUCUAUUCUUCAUUUAGGUGCCCGGAUAGACACAGUCAGUUGCCAGGUCUUUCUAUCACCAGAACGUCUAGUCAGCAUAUGGGCCUUGAUACAUUGGGUCAGGUCAGCCAGCUCUGUCUCCCUCGCAGUAUUGCCCCAGUUGCUAGGGAAAAUGAUUUCAUGUCUGGCCAUCGUUCCUUGGGCAAGGUUACAUUCCCAGACCUUACAAUGGUUCCUCCUACCAAGCCAACGAGCAGGUAUCAGUCACUCCACAACAAGAGUCAGGGUGCCUCCAAAAGUUCUCCACUCCCUGAACUGGUGGAUGUCACCUUCCCUAGAGAAAGUCUGUCUCUUCAAGGAACCGCCACGUCUAACACUAACUUCAGAUGCCAGUCUAUUCGGCUGGGGGGCUCACCUGGGUUCCCAGAUGGCACAGGGCAGAUGGUCACCACAGGAUCUGUUGCACAACAUAAAUUGGUUGGAACUCAGAGCUGCCCACCUAGCUCUACGUCACUUCCACCUCUCGCUAACCAACCAGCACGUGUUGCUGUUAACCGUCAAUGUCACUGCCAAGGCACAUGUGAACAGGCAGGGAGGCACCCGGUCCAAGUACCUGAUGUCCGAAGCAGCGAGCCUCAGCCUCUGGGCGGAAUCACACCUGCUCUCCCUUCAGGCGGAACAUAUUUCAGGAGCACACAAUGAACAGGCGGACUGGUUGAAUCGAACAACCAUUGACCACUCUGAAUGGCGUCUCCAUCCAGACCUGUUUCACCAACUGACAACCAGGUUCGGCCAACCAUGCGUGGAUCUAUUUGCAACACCAAAGAACACUCACCUACCUCGGUUCUUUUCCAGAUUUCCGACGGCAGGGGCAGAAGUGACCGACACCCUUCGGGCGCCCUGGCCUCGAGGCCUUCUAUAAGCCUUUCCUCCGACACCUCUACUACCAUGGGUCAUCUGGAAGCUUCUGGACGAGCAGGCAGAAAUUCUGUUGGUGGCUCCGCACUGGCCCAGAAGGGUAUGGUUUGCGGACCUAGUGUCACUGUCAGUGUCCCACCUGUGGAGGAUUCAGCCAGACAGGAUUGUCCUAAGCCAGGGGGCAGUGCAACAUCCCGAGCCCCAGUGGCUCCAACUGGCCGUCUGGCGAUUGAAUGGGAAAUCCUGAGGGACUCCAGAUUCUCGAGCGAAGUCAUUUCUGUCAUCCAGGCCUCUCGUCGUCCGUCUACUACCAGGAUUUAUGACGCCACUUGGUCAGCGUUCUCUAGCUAGUGCCGAAAAUCGCACAUUCCUCCCAGGACAGCUUCCCUUCUGGACGUCUUGAGUUUCCUUCACUCAGGAUUCAAACAGGGACUUACUGCCAACACGCUCCGCAGACAAGUGGCCACCUUAGCGACUAUUCUGCAUGGAGAGGGUCCUAUCCCUUUCUCUCAACACCGCAAGGUGAGGAGUUUUCUUCGAGGUGUUGCUAAUUUACGGCCUCCUCCAGUCCAUAUGUAUCCUUCCUGGGACUUGCCUCUCGUCCUACAAGCGCUCACAUUUGCUCCAUUCGAGCCUUUAGGAUCCGCCAAUCUCAAAAUACUUACCUUCAAGGUCGCCUUCUUGAUAGCAAUCACGUCUGCAAGGAGGAUCUCCGAACUGGCGGCACUCUCGGUACGUAGAGAUUUAUGCAUCUUUUACUCCGACAGGGUGGUCCUCAGGUUGGACCCGACUUUCAUACCAAAAGUCAAUUUUUGGUUUCAUAGGGCACAGGAGGUGGUUUUACCUAACUUUUACCCUGACCCAGCACAUCCUAGAGAACGGCGUUGGCACACGCUCGAUGUUCGUAGGGCACUUCGCAAAUAUAUUGACAGGACCGCUUCAUUCAGGAAGUCUGAAGCACUAUUUGUAUCAUUCCAGCCUACUGCCAUGGGCAAGAAAGUUACCCCAUCUACAAUUGCGAGAUGGAUCAAAGCUUGCAUCGCAAUGGCUUACGAACACCAAGCUACUCCAGUGCCCAGAAACAUCACUGCACAUUCAAUUCGUAGCACUGCUACCACAGCAGCCUGGGCUACUCAGGCUUUCAUAUUGGAGAUUUGCAGGGCCGCAACUUGGGCUUCUCCCACUACCUUUAUCAGAAAUUACAAGUUGGACGUUUUUGCCUCAGCCGAGGCUUCGUUUGGCAGAAGAGUCCUGGCAGAAGAGUCCUGCGUUCUACCAGGAGAACGACACCUGGACCGCUCGGACUCCCACCCUGGGGAUACUUAGCUUGGGUAUAUCCCAUUGCUUGGACUCUCCAAGCAGCGCACAGGAGAUUGAACAUUGGAUCUUACCUGAAUGUUCAAUCUAUGUGCACUGCAGGAGAGUCCAACCCCGCCCUAAGGUAGCGGUCCAGCAUCCAACACCUAGUUAUAGUGGACAUUCUUCUAUCAUCAUUGCUACAUCUUCUACAGACUUCUUCGUCGAAACACUGAAGGCUCAUGGGAGAAAGAGGCAUGGCUAGGAAAAUUCAACUCAGUCUCUGGCCAACCAAGCUAAACUUGAACCCAUUGCUUGGACUCUCCUGCAGCGCACAUAGAUCGAACAUUCAGAUGAACUAAAAGGUUAUGGACCAAUUUUUGAAGAGCAGCCCAUUGAUACGGUAUACCCAGAAGAGUCUCCAGAUGCAAAAGUGUCAAUGAACUGCAGAGCCAGAGGAAUCCCUACACCUACUUACAAGUGGCAACGUAACAACUGGGAUGUUGAUAUUAAGCUGACAAAAGAACAUUAUAGUAUGGUAGGAGGUAACCUGGAAAUCAAUAAUCCUGAGAAGUCAAGGGAUGAAGGAACAUAUGUUUGUAUAGCAUACAAUAUACAUGGAACUAUAAGGAGCCGGGAAGCAACUUUAAACUUUGGUUAUUUAUAUCCUUUUCCUCCGGAAGAGAGACAUGCAGUAAAAGUACGAGAAGGUGUAGGUGCUGUUCUUCUCUGUGAUCCUCCACCUCAUUAUCCAGAUGAUCUAAGUUAUCGCUGGUUUCUGAAUGAUUUCCCAGAAUUCAUUACUUUGGAUAAACGGCGAUAUGUGUCACAAACAAAUGGUAAUCUUUACAUAGCCAAAGUUGAACCUACUGAUAAAGGCAACUAUUCAUGCUGUGUGACUAGUAAUUCAAUUACUAAGAGUGUAUUCAGCAGUUUCAUUUCACUCAUUCCUCAAGCAGAUCGGUCAAAAGGCUAUGUGCCAGAUAUCAGAGUGAAGUUCAAAGAUACAUAUGCACUUUUAGGACAAAAUGUGACACUAGAAUGCUUUGCGCUUGGAAACCCUGUUCCUGAACUCAGAUGGAGUAAAUAUCUUGAACCAAUGCCAAGCAGUGCAGAUAUAAGCUUGUCUGGUGCAGUUCUAAAGAUCUUCAAUAUUCAGUUUGAAGAUGAAGGAAUAUAUGAAUGUGAAGCUGAAAAUUACAGAGGAAAGGAUAAACAUUCAGCAAAAGUGUAUGUUCAAGCAUAUCCAGAAUGGGUGGAACAUAUUAAUGAUACCGAAAGAGAUAUUGGCAGUGAAUUCCAUUGGCCAUGUAUAGCUGCAGGCAAGCCUAUUCCAACAAUCCGGUGGCUGAGAAAUGGAUUACCGUAUUGGAAAGGAGAAUUGAGAUUUUCUAGUCUGAAGCUUGAAGAUUCAGGCAUGUAUCAAUGUGUAGCAGAAAAUAUACAUGGAAUGAUUUAUUCAAAUGCUGAAUUAAAAGUUAUUGUUUUACCUCCAACCUUUGAAUUCUACCCAAUGAAGAAAGAGGUUUUGGCUGCAAAAGGAGGACAGGCUAUAAUUGAGUGCAAGCCUAGAGCAGCUCCUAAACCAAAAAUUACCUGGAGUAGAGGGACAGAAAUUCUUAGAAACUCAACCAGGAUACAUAUAUGGUAUGAUGGCAGCCUAGAAAUUAUUAAUGUUACAGCAGUAGAUGCAGGCAAUUACACCUGUUUUGUGGAAAACAACAAAGGAAAAGCUAACAGUUCUUCUGCUCUUAUAGUCACAGCUGCAACAAGGAUAACAUUAGCACCAACUAAUGUUGAUGUCAUUGUUGGAUUGAAUGCUACCAUGCAAUGUCUUGCAUCCCAUGAUCCUUCUUUAGACCUGACUUUUAUUUGGCUUUUAAAUGGAUAUCCAGUAAAUGUUGAUAAAGAGAGUGAUUAUUAUGAAAGAUCUAUCAUGAUAAAAGACAAUGGUGAACUUAUUGUCAAGAAUGCUCAGUUGCGACAUGCUGGAAGAUACACUUGUGUUGCUCAGACAAUUGUUGAUAAUGCCACAGCUUCAGCUGAUCUUGUUGUGAGAGGUCCCCCAGGACCCCCUGGUGGACUCAAAGUAGAAGACAUUAAAAAUACAUCUGUAAUUCUUACAUGGAGCCGUGGGAUAGAAAAUCAUAGUCCUAUAUCAAAUUACACUAUUCAGUCAAGGACUUUUUUGUCCGAGUAUUGGAAAGACAUGAAAACAGAUCCUUCCAUUGUUGAUGGAAAUGCGGAAUCAGCAAAAGUUAUUGAUUUAAUUCCAUGGAUGGAAUAUGAAUUUCAUAUAAUGGCCACUAAUAUUUUAGGGACAGGAGAUCCUAGUAUACCGUCACAGAAAAUUAGAACAGAAGGAUCUCCUCCAAAUGUGGCCCCUUCUGAGGUUGGAGGAGGAGGUGGAAGCAAUAGAGAACUGACAAUAACAUGGGUGCCUUUGCCAAAAGAGUAUCACUUUGGUAAUAAUUUUGGAUAUGUGGUAGCUUUCAAGUCCUUUGAUCAAAAUGAUUGGAAAAGUGUUAUAGUUCCUCAACCUGAAAUUGGUCGGUAUGUCCAUAAGGAUGAAUCAAUGCUUCCUUCAUCAAAGUAUCAAGUAAAGGUGAAAGCAUUUAAUAACAAAGGGGAAGGACCUUUUAGUCUUACUGCUAUUAUCUAUUCGGCAGAAGAUGCUCCUACUGAAAGGCCUAGAAAUGUGAAAAUAAAAGUUCUGUCAUCCAUGGAAGUUUCUGUUUCCUGGGAGCACAUUUUCAAUCCAGUUGUUACUGGGUAUGAGAUCAGUUACUGGUCCAGCAGUGAAAAAGAAAUAGCUGCAAGUAGAGUGCAAGUGAGCAGUCGGAAUUUUUCAGUAAUGUUAGAAAACCUGAAACCUUAUACAAAAUACUAUACAAAAGUUGCAGCUUUCAAUGCAGCUGGCAUUGGACCUUACACUUAUCCUUUGGAUUUUGUUACAGAAAAAGCACCUCCAAGGCAGCAACCAAGAAUUAUUAAUGCUGUAAGGUCGGGUUCAAAGUACAUCAUCACAUGGGAGCAUGUUAAGUCACAGUCCAAUGAAUCUACUGUGAAAGGAUAUAAAGUGCUCUAUAGACCAGAUGGUCAAUUUAAUGGCACACUAUUUAAGACCGGUAACCAUUAUAUAGAAGUUCCUGCACCUGUUAAAGGUCAGUACAUUGUUGAAGUUCGGGUCCAUAGUGAAGGGGGAGAUGGAGAAGUAGCUCACGUAAAAAUUCCAGGAGCUGCUGCUGGAAUAUUACCUAGCUGUCUUGGUUUAUUGUUGCCUGCCCUUGGUAUCCUUAUCUUUUUGGAAUUCUGAAUGUACCUGAACAUGUCCUCAGUUUAGUGCAAAGGACUGAACCUAAAAGAAAUUCUUCUUUUUUUCGAUUUCUUGAGGCAUUGUCCUAAGCCAAAUAAAUUACACUUCCAAGUAAAUUAUCUUCCUGACUUAACUAUGGAACUUCAAGGACUGAGACACCUAGAAAUUCCUUCAUCAAGCAACUCAAGUUUUGAAAGUUUGAGGAAUAUUUUUUAACAUGUUCGAUUAUGCCUUAUGAAACACUUCUGCUGAUCUGCAACAGUUGCAUGAUUCGGUCCAAUGGGGCAAGUUACAGUGUAGUGUUAAAUCUAAUAAUGUAAGCUGUAUAGUAAAAAUAAAAUCACCACACAUAGGUGCUUUAACUUUCAUAAUAAAUUGUGAAAACAUAAUAGAGAUUGAAAAAUUGAUUGUAUGUGGUAUAUGUAGAAGCAACUACGUCUGUCGGUACUAUCCUAUCUGUUUUGUGUACUGCGUUUUUUUUUAAUGGCCCCUGUCAUUUAUGACUUUUCAGGUUUUUAAAGAUACAGUCAAAGCAAAAGCAUUGCACUCAUUUUACAGCUUUUGUAACUUGAAGUAAAUAAAUGGAUUGAAAACACCAGGAUGCAAGUUAAGGAUUUUAUUUCUGGAUCUAUUAAUAAGUAUUAACAGCAAAGGAUUCCAGUACCUUAAUUAUAUAAUGGAAAUUUAACUCAACAUAUUGUUUUAAAUAAUGCAAAUCACAGAGAAGUUUAUUUUGAUGUAAAAUUAUCUUACUAGUGUGGGAAUCACCCCCCCCCCGAAGAAUGAAAUAUUUUGAGGAAUAUUAAAAAAGGCAGAAUAAAAUAUUUCCCCCAAAAGAGAAAUAAAAAAUCUUAAGGAAGUCAGAAACUCAGAGCCCCAGCUCCCUGCCCCCAAGCAGAUACUGGGGAGGCAGCUUUUAGAAAUGCAGAUUUGGUAAUCCGUUGAAGACAGAAUAUUUUGAAAUUCCCUGCAGCAAAGUCUGAACAAAGAUAGGAUUAGUCCUCACUCAAGAUCCAAAACAAGACAAAAGCCAUUAAGCCAAAAUAGGAAUUAUUGCAUCACCCAUUAUUGCAGUCCAAACUUCAACCAAACUUAGCUCAGACAAACACCUAGGAUUUGUACUUUGCCUAUAGAGCCAGCUAUAACCCUUAAAUAAUCCCUACAUGGCACCAUGGGGUCUGACAACAACCAAUAGAAUACAUGUUCUUAAACAGGAACAAGAGCUCAAGUGCAAAGCCCAAGAGAAAGUAUAAAAACCCCUCACUCUCAACUCCAUUAUGUCAGUUGCACCAGAACCACAAACAUGUGGUCCUAGUCAUCAAUAAAUGGGCCCUCUUUUCAAUCAGCCUCCAGCCUCCAUUUUGUCUCCAGUGCCUUUCUCCUGGAUUGGAACUGAACCAGAUGGAUAUUUCUUCCCACAAUAGCUAUAUAAACAAAUUUACUUUUAGUAUUUUAUCUAAAUGUAAUUGCCACAUUUGAAUAAAUUGACUUCUAUCCAAAUACAUAAUUUAGAUUUUAAUAUUGCAGACACCUUAUUUUGCUCAUUAUAAAUAUGGAAAUUUGAAAAGUAAUUACCUGAUUGCAUAAAUAUUGACAUGAGUAUAGUAUUUAAAAUAAUGUUUAAAAAUCAAAGCAAAUGCUGUAAUAAUAAAUAAAUAUGCAGUAAAAAGAAAACACAUUAGCAGUUAACAAAAUCUAUCUGAAAGGAUUUUUUUUCCCUCUGAGACACAUAUGGCUUUCUUUUAGUGAAGGCCAACCUGGAGGAAAAUGAUUUGCAUUUUCCAAUAAAUUAACAUUGUUUUACUUCCUAGAGUUGUAAAUAAGAGUUGUAAUGUCCUAAUCCAAUUUUCCCAAUUUAAUUAUCCCAAGAGAUAGAUUCAUUACAAUUCAAAAAUAGAGCUCAAAUAUUGUUUCCUUCAAAUAUGUUUUCAAAUUUAGGGUUCCCACAAAAGAUAAAGAAUGUCUUUGUUCUGACUGUUUGUUCUAUGCGGUAUUUAAAUUUUUAAAAAAGGAAUACUUACUUCUUUCAGAAACUAUGGUGUAUUGAGAAUUUGAUAUGAAUUAAAAGAAAAAAACUGCUCAAGUUAUACUGAAUCAUUGGCUCAAGUAAUAGUGCAAGUGUCUGAUGCUUCCAGUAUUAUAAACUUGGAGUCAUUAUUUUAUUAGCAGAGCUUUGCUAGCUGAUUUAGAAAUAGAAUUUAACUUUUUAGAACUGAUAUUGUAGAUGCCCAUAAUGAUACCAUCCAUGUGAAGCAAGAACAGAUCUGUCAGUACUUUACACUCGUUCUUUAAUUUGUAUGACUUUGUAUUAUAUAUUUACAUUUUAAAACUCUAGACUCUUCAUGCAAAAUAUCAAUAUUUUAUCAAUGUUUUACUUUUGUUAUAGUUUAAAACUUUUUUAAACAGUAGGUCAAAGGAUAAUUUCUUUUUAACUGAAUGUUAGAAGAUUAAUAAAUGUUAUUCAUAAUUAUAUACUUAUUUGAAGAAACUAAAGUUCAUGCAUAAGAAACUAAUGUCUUUGGGAGUCUUCUAUAUAUUUUGUUUUGGUUCACUUUUAUGCAAGGUAUCUCAUAUUUUAUAUAACUUACAUUCACAAUUUUUGUUUGUUUGUUUCUUUCUUUUUGCCAAAAUGCAUGUCUGCCUAAUGAAUUUCUAACACAUGAUAAAAAUAUCAAAAGUAGAUAUUUUUUGCAUGGAUAACAUUUGAAAAAUGAAAGCACAUGUAUUUAAUUUAAGCUGCAAUACACUUGAGCAAAAUUUCAUCACUCAGACUAAUGAACUAAUCCCAGAUUUUCAUUGUUCUAUACAGCUGUACAAAUUUUACUGAAAUAUUCAGUUACCAACAGUUAUUGGCACAAUUAACUAUAUACUGUAUCAUCUGGUUUACAAUGCAAGGUUCUUAAUUAAAAUUUAUAUAGAUACAUUGCUUGUUUCUUUGUAUUUCAGGCAAUAUUGAUAUUAUUACCGGUAUUUGAUACUAGUAAAUAUUAAUUUUUAAAGUUACUUUUUAUCAUUUUCUUUACUAUUGAAUAGACCAGGACUACACUUUGUCCAUUUUAUGGUUGAAAAAUAAAUUAUAAUUAAAUAAAUG